CGAAUCCGCUGCCCCCACGGGCUUCGCUGUCAGGCGAAGCGAUGCCGGAGGAAACCCGGUGCCGCCCACCUUGAGCAUGAGGCCGCACAUGCUGAAGAUCAUGCCGAGCAGGUUCAUGUAGUCCGGCGUCGGGUCGUCCAAGGCCGGGUUACACUCGCUCGGCGGGGGCUUGUACCUGCGGCAGGCUCAAGGGUCAGAGGCACUCGAGUCCCGCCCCCGAAAUGGACAAGCGCUUCCCUGGGCCUCGCCCCACAGCCCGAGCCCUGUUCCCAUGACGUCGGGGUCCUCACCUGAGCACUUUGUUCGGCCUUCGCGGGUCCGACAUGUUGUUAGUGGACAUGGCAGGUCGGAGGUCGUGCCUCUUCCGCUGCGGGAGUUGCAGCUUCCGGCGCAGAAACGGAGGGUGGCUUUUGGAGUGACACCCUCGGUCUUCGAGCUUCCGUUCCUGGCGGCGGGGGCCAGGACUCCUCCAAGCCGGGGGACAGAAUUAGAAGAGACCAAAAAUGUUCCUUGAAAACAAGAAGUGGGGAAAGAAACCUGGGAGCUGGAAUCAGACUUCGGUAUUCCCAAUAUUAUCCCGAAAAAGCCAAACCUUUGAACCGGAAGUGAGAAAUAGGAAGUAGACUACGGAAGACAAUAAGGUUACAUCCAAGCGUGGGUGCCGAGGGUUCGGAAGCUCCGGGGCAAACCGAUGUAAGGCGGCGACGAAGGGGUCCCGAAAACGAUGGCUUUCCCUGAGCCAAAACCACGGGGCCCGGAGCUGCCGCAAAAACGGGUGAAGACCCUGGACUGCGGGCAGGGGGCAGUGCGAGCUGUACGAUUUAAUGUGGAUGGCAAUUACUGUCUGACGUGCGGCAGCGACAAGACCCUGAAGCUGUGGAAUCCGUUGCGAGGGACGCUGCUGAGGACGUACAGUGGCCACGGCUACGAGGUGCUGGACGCGGCCGGCUCGUUUGACAACAGUAGUCUCUGCUCCGGCGGCGGGGACAAGGCGGUGGUGCUGUGGGAUGUGGCAUCGGGGCAGGUCGUUCGCAAAUUCCGGGGCCACGCGGGGAAGGUGAACACGGUCCAGUUUAAUGAAGAGGCUACGGUCAUCCUGUCUGGCUCUAUUGAUUCCAGCAUACGAUGCUGGGACUGCCGAUCUCGGAGGCCUGAGCCGGUGCAGACACUGGACGAAGCCAGGGAUGGCAUAUCCAGUGUGAAAGUGUCAGACCAUGAGGUCCUGUCAGGCUCCGUUGACGGCCGGGUGAGGCGCUAUGACCUGAGGAUGGGGCAGCUCUUCUCAGACUAUGUGAGCAGUCCUAUCACUUGUACCUGCUUUAGUCGGGAUGGGCAGUGCACCCUGGUGUCCAGCUUGGACUCCACGUUGCGGCUUCUAGACAAGGACACAGGGGAGCUGCUGGGCGAGUACACAGGCCACAAGAACCAGGAGUACAAGCUGGACUGCUGCCUGAGUGAGCGUGACACACACGUGGUCAGCUGCUCCGAGGAUGGAAAGGUGUACUUCUGGGACCUGGUAGAGGGUGCCCUGGCACUGGCCCUUCCUGUGGGUCCCGGCGUGGUACAGUCACUGGCCUACCACCCCACGGAGCCCUGCCUGCUGACUGCCAUGGGGGGCAGCGUCCAUUGCUGGCGGGAGGAGGCUUAUGAGGCUGAGGGUGGCACAGGCUGAAGGUGGAGGACCUGUUGUUACCAAGGACACAGACGCAGACUCAGAAGGAUGACUGAGACCAUUUAUUCUAGACACGCAGCUGACCAAGGAGUGAGGGAGGGACCAGGUGUGCAAGCUAAUAAAUAGAGGAGGGGGAGACUUCCUGGAGCUGUA